AUGGGGGCAGGUUGGCGCCGAUUCACGGAGGGUCUCAAGCAGCACGCCCCACUGGUGUCGGGCGGUCUCAGCCCAACGCCCAAUGCAAGGAAUACGAUCAUGCUGAAGGAGGCGGGCGAGCUGGCCGCGCAGCUCAAGGGGGUCGUGCAGGCCAUCAAGGCGCAGCGCGAGAGCAACGAGAACAGCGUCACCCUGAUCGCCCGCCUGCUGGGCAGCAACCUGCCGCAUGUGUACGAGGACCCCAGCUCGCCCAGCGCCAGCCACAGCGUGCUGGUCGGCGGCGCCCUGGACACCGAGUCGGUGGUGCGCACCAUCCGCGACGCGGGCGCGCGCGUGGAUGCCGACGUGGUGGCCCCCCUGGCUCAGUGGCUGAGUCUGUAUGACACGCUGGUGUCCAAGAACCGGGAGCUGGAGAACCUGCGGCUGGAGGUGGACUCCCGGCGCCGCACUGUGGCCGACCUGACGGUGAAGGAGGCGGCGGCGCGCGCCAAGCUCCAGCGCGCCACCGACGCCAAGCAGGAGGCGCGGCUGGACGAUGUGGUGCGCACGCUGCAGCACAAGACUGACAAACUGAACGCCGCGCUGGCGGAGUUUGCCAAGUUCGAGGAGGAGCUGCACACGCGGCUGGUGGGGCUCAUCCGCGACGCGGCCUACGUCAAGGUGCACCUGGGCGCGGCGCAGGGCACGCUGGGCGCCGCGCUGGCCUCCGUCAGCAAGCAGGUGGAGGCGGUGCCCAUCCCCGAGGUGGCCGUGGCCGCGGGGCCCAGCCUGUCGGGCGCGGUGCGUGCACACGGCAAGGCGCCGGCCGCCGCCUCGCCUAGAUCCUCCAUGAACACCCCCGUGUCGGGCGGCGCGGACCCCAGCAACCCCUUUGUCGCGCAGCAGGCGCCGGGCACGCCAACGCAGUACCCGGGCAUGCACCGCAACACUGUCUCCUCCGCGGUCUGA